CAGUUCCCUUCUCCCAGCCCACGUUUGGAGGAUUCAAGUGCUCUCACAUGUGUAUCCUUGCAUGAAAUGUAUAUGCAUGGUGUGAUGUGUUGAAGAAUGCCAGGAAUAACCUAAUAUAAGGAUGUACAGAAUCAAAAUGCUGGCCAGUGUGCAAUAUGCCUGGAAGAAAUGCAGAAUGAGGUGCUUGAAACCCUGAGAGGCUCUGAGGAUCUGUCCAUGGCAAAACAAAAUGAAAACCACAGGCCUGCUGGGCCCAAACCUGAGUUCUGCAGGACUGGUGCAGAGAUGAACAAGCAUCCCAUGAAAAGUAUCCUGCUGAAGAGCCAGGGGCCUUUUGGCCCAACAUAUGCCACAGUCACAACGAAUGGAUCAGGAUCCCCACUGGAGAGCCCAGGUCUCUAUCUUCACAGGAUUCAAAUCUUUUUCCAAGAACAGCAGAAAAUGAUUGAGUGCCAGCAGAGACCUGUGUCAUUCAAAGACGUGGUCGUGGGCUUCACUCAAGAGGAGUGGCACAGGCUGAAUCCUGCUCAGAGGGCACUGUACCGGGAUGUGAUGCUGGAGACCUAUAGCAACCUUGUUUCAGUAGGUUAUGAAGGCACUAAACCAUAUGUGAUCCUCAAGCUGGAGCAGGAAGAAGCACCAUGGAUUUGUGAGGCAGCGUGCUCAGGCUGCCACUGUCAAAAAAACAUUUGUCAAGUUAAUGUCCAGAGGAAAAGACAGCAAGACAUGAUUUUGAAACAAGGGGCAUUCAUCACCAAGAAAACAUUGCCCAAGGAAAGAAGCCAUGAAGACAGUAAGUUUGGGAAAAUAUCACCUCUGAGCACUAAUCUUUUUCCUUUAGUUCAAGACCCCAAUAACUGGGACGCCUAUGGAAAAAGUGUGAACCAUAAUUUAGACUCCAUUGGUUUUAAGGGAAACUAUUCCAGAAAAGAGGAGUGCUGUGGAUGUGGGAAAUUGUUACAGCAUACAAACCAUGAUAGAAAACCUAAUGGAGAAAAACUCUGGGAAUGCAGUCAUUGUGAAAGAGCUUUCAGCCACAACCCAGCACUUAUGUAUAAACCAGCAGUAACCAAUUCUCUUGUGUACAAGCGUAAAAGAGUUCCACCUACAGAGAAACCCCAUGUCUGUAGUGAGUGUGGGAAAGCCUUCUGCUACAAGUCUGAAUUCAUUAGGCAUCAGAGAAGUCACACUGGGGAGAAGCCAUAUGGAUGCACUGACUGUGGGAAAGCCUUUUCCCAUAAGUCAACCCUUAUUAAACACCAGCGAAUUCACACUGGGGUAAGACCCUUUGAAUGUUUUUUUUGUGGGAAAGCCUUCACUCAGAAGUCACACCGCAGAGAACAUCAAAGAACACAUACUGGAGAAAGACCCUUUGUGUGCAGUGAAUGUGGGAAGUCAUUUGGUGAGAAGUCAUACCUUAAUGUACAUCGAAAAAUACACACAGGAGAAAGACCAUAUCGUUGUAGAGAAUGUGGAAAAUCCUUCAGCCAAAAAUCAUGCCUCAAUAAGCAUUGGAGAACUCAUACAGGAGAAAAACCCUAUGGAUGCAGUGAAUGUGGGAAAGCUUUCUACCAGAAGCCAAAUCUCAGUAGACAUCAGAAAAUUCAUGCCAGAAAGAAUGCCUAUAGGAAUUAAAAUCUGAUAAUUGUGGGAAAGCCUUAAGCAAGGUAUCCUAUUUUAUUGUAUGUGGAGGCAUUCAUUUUCAGAAGAAGUCUCAUUGAUUUAAUGAAUUUGGACAAAAUGUUUUACCAUAAGGGAAGUCAUGUUCUAAUUAUGAUAGAAAUUUUAUACAAAGAUUACAGAAAACACUUUAUAAAAAAUAAACAUGGUCACUCUGGCUUAUGAAAGUUUAAAAAUAUGCUAAUGGAAUGACAACAGAAUGCAAAAUAUAUGUGGAAGGAAUUGGUAAAUUAUGGCAUAUUCCAUAGUGAGCCACAUAAUAAGCAUUAUUUAUAUUUUGGAAAUGUAAAUGUGAAUUUAAUGUAAUUUGUGAAUGUCAAGCACAUUUGUCACAUAGUAUGUAGAAUGCCAUUCACCAAACUUUUCCACUCUAAAUAUCACCAUUGUUUUUUAGUGUCUUAACAAUAUAAAAAAUAAGAACACUUGUUAAUGUUGAAA